AUGGUUACUUUAAGGAUGACGACGACUGGGGGGAUGUUGGCAACGGUGGCGGUGGCGUUGGCGGCGCUGCUGCCUCUUGCGUCGUCGCAGGAGGCUAUGAUGUGCCCGACGUGGGAGGAGAAUCCGUGGUGCCCUUGCUACAACAAUGACUACGGCAUCUUCAUGGAAUGCCCGAUGGUGUCCUUGGAUAUGGUGUCGAAGGUGCUCGGCCUCGUCACCAAUCCCAUCCACUCCCUGAGCAUCUACGACCUCGACCCUAACGUCACGACGCUGCCCUCGGAAGUGUUCAGCCAGAGCGCCGGAGUCUCGCAGCUCCAGAUCUCGCACUCGAACCUGCAGAGCCUCGCUGAUGGGAGCUUCGAGGGUCUGGAAGGGAGUCUGGAGAAGCUCACCAUCAAGCACUGCAAGCUCAACUCCAUUCCGCAAGCUCCCAUCUUCCAGCUCGGCCGCCUCACGAACCUGGACUUCGAGAACAACAACAUCACCGAGAUCCCCAGUUUCGCCUUUUCGAAACUCACCCUCGUCAGCCUCAACCUGAAGGACAACAGGAUCAACUUGGUGUCGGAUUAUGCCUUCGACGGCCUCAAGGAAUCUCUCGAGGUAAUAAAUUUCAAUGGAAAUAACCUGUCGCAACUACCACUGUCCUCGCUUCGAAAGCUCACUUCCCUGAAAAACCUGCAAGUAGCCUUUAAUCGCAUUCCUGACGUUCACCUGGAUGAGCACAAUGGCCUCCCGACUCUUCAGUACCUGGACAUGAGCAGCAACAGGAUCAGGAAGAUCAAGAGCUCCAGUUUGUCUGGAUUGCCAGAGCUCGUGUCCCUCUCCCUCUACAUGAACUCCAUCAACAGUGUCGCCAGGGAUGCUUUCAGUGCGAAUCCGCUUCUGGAGACGCUCUUCUUUAGCCACAACAACAUCCGCCACCUCGCGCGGGAGACCUUCAAAUACACGCCCAAGAUAAAGACCAUUGAUCUCGGAAACAACAACAUGCAGUCUAUUCUUGGCGGCCUCUUCAUGCUUCUCCGGCUUGAGGAACUCGUGCUUGCCAACAAUAAUAUCAGAGAGCUCGCAGAUAAGACCUUUGCUAACUCUACGAAAAUAAAGGUUCUGAACCUGGAACACAAUGCCAUCAGGUUUAUAGAAUUGGAAACCUUCAGAGAGAUGAUCGGUCUGGAGACUUUGCUUCUGAGCCAUAAUAACGUCCAGGAACUUUAUCCUCGAUUGUUUAUAUCCAACAUCAAUCUUCAAACUCUAAAACUCGACAACAACAAUAUUCAUCAUCUUGAUGAGUCUCUCUUCAAGAACACAGCGAGAAUGACCAAACUCUUCCUUGAAAACAACAGAAUAGCAAAGAUCGAGAGGGGACUCUUCUCGCUGAAUUCGUACCUCCAAGAGCUCCACCUGGACAACAAUGACAUCGAAGUCAUUGCGGCUGGAGCCUUUGCUAAACUCCGAAAGCUGGAGCACCUAAGCCUCCAAGACAACGAGAUCCUUGCUCUCCCCGACGCCCUUCCCGACAAGACGAGCUCUCUUAGAUACCUUCGUCUGAGCGGCAACAACCUCAACACCCUCAACGACCAUUCGCUCAAGGGACAAGACCAGCUGGACGUGCUUUGGCUCGACCGCAACAACAUCUCCGCUCUCGUUGAGGCGUGUUCAAGGAUUCCGCUCUCCUUCGACAGCUCCAUCUCCAAGAGAACCAGAUAUCGUACAUUCAGGAGCAGGUGUUCAUGAACAUGACAGAACUGCGAA